UGGAACUUUUAGCAAGUGCUCUUAUGGACUUGGUACAAGGAGUAUACCAUGAAAAUUCUACUUCAGCAAAGGAAAAUCAUAUCACAGAAGAUAUUGGAAUAUCGACUUGGAAGAAACAGACUUUUCUCUCCCAUGGAGCCUUAUUAGCAAAGAGCUGCCAAGCUGCCAUGGAAUUAGCAAAGCAUGAUGCUGACGUUCAGGAUAUGGCAUUUCAGUAUGGGAAGCACAUGGCCAUGAGUCAUAAGAUAAAUUCUGAUCUCCAGCCUUUUAUUAAAGAAAAGACCAGUGACUCCAUGGCUUUUAAUCUAAACUCAGCUCCUAUAGUCUUACAUCAGGAGUUUCUUGGAAGAGAUUUGUGGAUUAAGCAGAUUGGAGAGGUUCAAGAAAAAGGAAGAUUAGACUAUGCUAAGUAUUCAUGGAAUCUGGAUCUGUCAGCUACUUAUGUUUGAAGUGGAAGAAUUGGCAAAAUUAUACAUCCAGCAGGCAAGAAAUAAAGUGGAAAUGUCUCACAAGUAACACUGAAAUCUGUUGCGUUGUUUUAAGACUUAACUACUGAGAAAAAAAAAAAAGCCCUACUAAAUAUUGUCUUGGCAACUAUAAAUAUAUUUUAGCGAUGAUAAAAACCUUUAGAAUAGCAGCUACAAGAUAUCUGAAACCUAAUGCCUAUCUGUCUGCCACUCUCAAUUAUAUAUAUUUAUAUUCUAUAUAUCCCAUUCUUCAUUAAAUGCUGUGCAAUUUUCCUUUUGAGUUGCUGUAGUGUUUUAUGUGAAUCCUUUAUAUGGCCAAGGAGCCAAUUUCCCCCCCUGCUGCAUUUUACUCAGGUAAGAUUGGAAAUGAGCUCGUUAGAUCAAUUGCUACAACUCUAAUUUGAAAACUUGAAAAAUGCAUUUCUAACUAAGAAAUUUCCAAUCAUGCAGAUAUCUAAAACUCAGUUUUCUUUGUUUUUUUUUUCAGGUCUUUCCACACAUCCCCAUGAACCAGGAACUGUCACUCCUACUGACUUCUUAGGGUUGUGUUGGGCAGGAAUUGUGUUUUUUAUACCUCAUUCCUCUCCCCAUCUUACUCCAUGUUUAUUCAUCUUUUUUCAGAAGGCAUUACUUUUAUCCACUUGCACUUUCAGACCUAUUUUUUUUUUUCAGAGCUAUUAUUUUUUAAAGCCUCCAAAAUACAAGUUAGAUACAGUUAUUCCAGUGCAGCUUUGGAGGUUGUUUUCACCUUCAUAUACUAUUUUCCCUUAUGAAACAAAACAAAAAACAUACAAAACCAUUUGAGGGUAGGCCAUUUCCUAGAUAGCAAUGAUUUUCAUUUCCGUUAAUAACUUAUUUGGAAUGAACAGCUUACUUUGUUAAGUAGAUUGAUCCAGUUAUGCAAAUUAAGAUGUGUAAUUUACAAUAAUACUCAAGGUCACUUUGUUAUUUUCUAAGAUGUUUUUAAAAAGUCAGCCGUCAGGUAAGCACGCUGCUCGCUUUAGAUGCUAUUUAUUAAUAAAAUUAUUGUAUUUGGUUUCAAAUAUGAACA